AGAAGAAUUAUGUUUUUUCUUUUCUUUUUUUGACGAAGAAAAAUUGGAAUGGGAUAAAAAAGGACUGUGAUUUGUUGUUUCAUUGUAUAUAUUUGAUGCAGAUAUUUCUAUGGUUACAUCUUAACUGUACCCGUACUGUUUCACAUAGACAUCAUUUUUCAAUCGUACCGAUUGAUGCUUUGAAUUUGUUUUCGAAAAUUCUUCAUUUUCAUUAUUUUGUCUUACAAUGUCUGAAAUGGAUGUGGAUGAAGAGAUAGAAACGAAAGAAGAGGAUAACUUUUCCAAUUCUGCUGAAGGCUCAUCUGAUGAUGAAGAUGUGGAUGAAGAGAACAUCAGACAGAAACAGAAAGAAAUCGAGGCUAACCCUUAUACAUAUGACCUUCAUGUUCAGCUAAUUUCAUUAUGCAGAAAGGCAGGAGAUUUAGACAAACUUCGUGCUGCUAGAGAGAAGAUGAGUGAACUAUUUCCAUUAACUCCAGAAUUAUGGCUUGAUUGGAUAACAGAUGAAAGAAAACUUGCUACAACCAAAGAACAAGAACGGAAAAUGAUUUAUUUAUUUAAAAGAGCCUUGAGAGAUUAUUAUUCUGUUUCCAUUUGGUUAGAAUUUGUACAGUUUUCCAUUGGUACAAUUGGUGAAAGUUGGGAUAAUGAUGGUUUGAAUAAUGUCAGGGAAACUUUUGAAAAAGCAGCUACAGCUGUGGGCAUCCAUGUUGCUCAAGGAUGCUUAAUAUGGGAAGCUUAUAGAGAGUUUGAAAGUGCUUAUCUGAUGUAUAUAAAGGGAAAAGGGGCAUCAGUUGAAGAAAUUAAAGACCAAGAAAAGAGGAUUUUCAAUCUUUUUAAACGUCAGCUUUCUAUUCCUUUGUUAGAUAUGGAAAGAACAUUUACAGAAUUUACUGAAUUUCCAUUUGAACAUUUUAAACCUGAUGACUUAUAUAAGGACCAUGCAUUUAACAAAGCUUUAAAUAAAUUGAAACAGCUUCUGCCUUAUGAAGAUGCUUUGUAUAAAAGUGAACCUCCUCAUUAUGAAGAAUACAAAAAAUAUAUUCAGUUUGAAAAAGAUGCGGGUGAACCAAAUCGUGUACAAGGUCUUUAUGAACGAGCUUUGAUUGAAAAUUGUUUAAAAGAAGAAUUAUGGUUGGAUUAUACAAAAUAUAUGAACCAAGUGAUUAAAAUUAAAGAGAUGGCCCUUCCUGUCCAUGAAAGAUCUGUUAGAAAUUUGCCAUGGUGUGUGCAGUUGUGGAUUUCGUAUGUCAGGUCUCUGGAACGCUAUGAAGAACCACAUGAAGAGGUUAUAAGAGUAUUUGAAACAGCUCUUGGUAUGGGUUUUCCAAAGGCUGAAGACUUUAAAGAAUUCUGGCUAGCCUAUUUGAGUUAUUUAAGGAGAAAGCUUGAUGAAGACCUAGCUGAAUCCUUAGAAAAUUUAAGUGACUGUAAAGAAAUAUCAGAUGUAUAUAAUAGAGCUUCAACACAAAUGCAAGAAUAUUGCUUUGGAAGUGAAUCUGAAUAUGCCAUCAUGAAAUUUUGGAUUUCUUUUACUGCAAGAUAUAAAAAGGAUAUUGUUGGUGCUCGACAGCUUUGGAGGGAAUUGAUUGAUCAUGGCCAUAAAGAAGAAGCACGUGUAUGGCUGGAUUAUGCUAAUUUUGAAAGGCUGCAUGGGGAUGCUACACAUUAUCGAAAGUUACUAUCUCAAGCUAUUUCUUGUGUCAGUGACUGGCAAGAAACUUUUGUCGAUCUUUUGCUUGCAUUUGAACAAGAAGAAGGUUCUUUAGAGUCUUUAGAGAAGGCUAUUUCAAAAUGUGAAACUCAAAUGCAACAUAUAAUUGAGAAACGUAUGAAGAAAUUAGAAGAAGCUGCGAGUUAUGAAAAAGGGAAAAAACAAGAUAAAAGGAAGAAUAUUCCUAAAUAUCAAGCUAAGGGUUCAAAGAGUGAACAAAGUUCUAAAACAGAAGAGUCUGAAACACAUGUUCAGAUGGAUGCAGAAGGUUUCAAAAUACCCCCUGUGCCAAAUAAGUUGCAUCUAAUAUCAAAUAGUAGGCAUGAUUCUCUUAUUGAACCAGAAUCAGAAAAAAGAAAAAGACCUUUGUCCUCAGAAGUUAGUGAGGAAGCACAAGAAUCGAAAAAAAGAAAAGCUGAAAAAUUAGAUUCUCAUGGAAUGUCUGUAAGGCAUGAUUCUUCAAAAGAUGACAGAACUGUGUUUAUUAGUAAUUUGUCAUUUCAAACAGAAGAAGAUAAAAUCCAGGAAUUCUUCUCACAGAUAGGAGAGCUUGAAGAAGUCAGGCUUGUUAAAGAUUAUAAAGGACGAUCAAAAGGAUUUUGCUAUGUAGUUUAUAAAUCACAGGAACAUGUAAAAUUAGCUCUUGCGAAAGACCGAGAAAUGUUGGAUGGCAGACCAGUUUUAAUUUCACCGUGUGAAGACAGGAAAAACAAUCCUAUUCCUCAGUCUAAAUUUAAGUUUGGAACAGGGUUGGAAAGGAAUAAACUGUUUAUUAAAGGCUUACCUUUUUCUACAACCAAAGAAGAUUUGGAAAAUAUGUAUAAAGAGUAUGGGUCUCUAAAAGAAGUGCGAAUAGUAACAUAUCGAAAUGGCCAUUCUAAGGGCUUAGCAUAUGUUGAAUUUGAAGAUGAGACUGCUGCUGCUAAUGCAGUUGUGAAGACAGAUGGCACUCAAAUUGAGGAUAAAAUAAUCUCAGUUGCAAUCAGCAACCCACCUCCAAGAAAGCCCAAAAAAGAAUUUUCUAGUGUGACUAUUGCUGAUUCUCUGGGAGGAGGAGGAGGUUCUUCCAAAGGACCACGUGGACGCGGUCGAACCCAACUAUCUUUGCUUCCUCGUUCUGUUGCACGGUCUCCUGCAGUUAAGACAUCUGGUGCUUCCAAUGGGACUGUCCAGAAUGGUCAAUCUUCUGAGUCAAUGGACACUUCAGAAGACAAAAAGCCACUCAGUAAUAGUGAUUUUGCAAAGAUGUUAAGGAAAUAACAGAAAAUUUUUAUUUUUUGUUUGCAUAUUCAUUGCACAUAAACAAUGCAGCAUUUUAUUUUGAAGAAGUGACAUUUUUCUUCAUUUUUUUUAGAUGCCAUUGAUCAUUCAAGAUAUUAUUUUGAAAGAAGUUAAGUUAGCUUCAUUCAUUGAUUUUGUUAAUAACAAUUUUUUCAAUUUACUUACUCUUUUUCAAUUUGUUGAACAUAUAAAAAAAUGACUGAAAAUUAAAUAGAUGAUUAAAAAUCUAUUUUUAUCCAUUAUUAUAUCACUAAUUGAAUCAGUUUGAUACUGCAUGUUAUUCAUAAAUAUCCCAUUUUAUUUUGAAGUACUUAAAACUGCUUUUUAAAAAUGUUGGAUCAAACCCUAUGAACUGAGUAAUAAAUAGCUAAAUUUCCCCCACUUCUUAAAAUAUUUCUGAAGUAUUUCAGAUAUCAAGCAACUUAAAUUUAACUAUUAGAGAAAUAUCUGUGAUAUAUAGUUACCAUGCAUUCUUAGGGCUUUGUUAUUUUAUACUAUCUUUUCUGAUUUGAUUUUAAAUCUUAUUUGGAUUACAACUGAGUUCUAAGAACUUUUAACUAAAAAUAAGCCCUUUUUUUAAAUGAAAAAAAAUACAAAGUCACUAAUAAUAUUGCUGGUAUAUAAUAGUAAUGUAAUAGAAAAAAAAUGGUCUUGCUUUCUUUAAUUGAAAUAAAUAUUCUUUGUGAAUAAUUUCUUAUUUAUAAUAUUACAUAAAGAACAUAUUUGUAUAUAAUUUUGUGUUUUAACAUCACAUUUCUCAUAUUUGUUGUGUUAAUAAGUUUGAUUCAUCAACACAUAUUGAUAAAUUUUUAAAAGGCAUUGUUACAUAUUUCGUGCAUUUGGCUAAGUUAAUAUAUUCAUUCGUUGGAUACAUAUAUCACAAGUGUGGUUAUGCUUCGUUUGUGGACAAUGCAUAACAGCCAUUCCUACUAUGUAUAUGUGAUUUAAAAGCAUUUUUCUUGUUAUAUGGCGUGGAAGGUUUGUGAGCAUAUAUACAUAUAUAUUAAAAGUAAAGUUUCAACUGUU